AAUCCCGGCCUCGUGCCCCGUCACCCCGCCACCCCACCCGGGUUUGGGGGCCGUCAGUCACAGCGCUGCGCCCUCCCCUUCCGGCGGCUUGGCCCGGCCCGCCUCCUCCCCUCUUCCCUCCCCCACCCCUCCCCGUGCGAGUGUCUCCCUCUCCCUCUCGCUCUCUCUCUCUCUCCCUCUCUCUCUCUUUUGUGAGUUAUAGCAACCGUUGCCUUGUGAAUCAAGCGCCAUAGUCACCGUAGUCCUGGCGACUGUUACCCAUCAACAACAACUACUCCUCUCCUCCUCCUCCUCCUCUUCCUCCUCCUCCUCCCCACCACCACCAUCUCCAUCACCCACCAACAACACCACAAUAAUCCACAGCCAAGAUGAGUGUCAAAUGCCUGAACACUUUUGGAUGGUGAAGCUCCUGGGUCCUAUAAACUCUCUCUGAAGUUAAUAGGAGUUUUGCUGUCUUGGGACAGUUUCAGACCUUAUGCCAUUUACAUAAUAGGUUUUCAAUCAGGAUCUAAGGGAUUUAAAUGGACAGAAUGCUUUCUGACAUCUUGGAUCAUCUGAAGAAAAGAACCAGGAAUGAAUGGAGAGACCAUCAUGCAGACAUCAGAGACUGGGUCGGACACAGGCUCGACAGUGACCUUACAAACAUCUGUGGCUAGUCAAGCAGCAGUGCCUACGCAGGUGGUACAGCAAGUACCAGUACAACAACAGGUACAGCAGGUACAGACUGUGCAGCAGGUACAACAUGUCUAUCCAGCUCAGGUGCAGUAUGUGGAAGGAAGCGAUACUGUCUAUACCAAUGGAGCAAUCCGAACAACAACGUAUCCUUACACAGAGACACAGAUGUACAGCCAAAAUACUGGAGGGAAUUACUUUGAUACUCAAGGGAGUUCCGCCCAGGUGACUACCGUGGUCUCAUCCCACAGUAUGGUGGGCACUGGUGGGAUUCAGAUGGGCGUCACAGGAGGACAACUCAUCAGCAGCUCUGGAGGAACCUAUCUGAUCGGCAACUCAAUGGAGAAUUCUGGUCACUCAGUGACACACACAACUCGGGCCUCCCCUGCGACAAUUGAAAUGGCGAUUGAGACGCUGCAAAAGUCUGACGGUCUGUCCACUCACAGAAGCUCUCUUCUCAACAGCCAUCUCCAGUGGCUGUUGGACAAUUAUGAGACAGCAGAAGGAGUGAGCCUUCCCAGAAGCACUCUGUACAACCACUACCUUCGACACUGUCAGGAACACAAACUGGACCCAGUCAAUGCUGCCUCUUUUGGAAAAUUAAUAAGAUCAAUUUUUAUGGGGCUACGAACCAGGAGAUUGGGCACUAGAGGAAACUCCAAAUACCACUACUAUGGGAUUCGCGUCAAGCCAGAUUCCCCUCUUAAUCGUCUGCAAGAAGACAUGCAGUAUAUGGCUAUGAGACAACAACCCAUGCAACAGAAACAAAGGUACAAGCCUAUGCAGAAAGUGGAUGGGGUUGCAGAUGGUUUCACAGGAAGUGGUCAACAGACAGGCACAUCUGUUGAGCAAACUGUAAUUGCCCAAAGCCAACAUCAUCAACAGUUUUUAGAUGCAUCUCGAGCACUUCCAGAGUUUGGAGAAGUUGAAAUCUCUUCUCUGCCAGAUGGCACUACCUUUGAGGAUAUCAAGUCACUGCAGAGUCUUUAUAGAGAGCACUGUGAGGCAAUAUUGGACGUUGUUGUGAAUCUUCAAUUUAGCCUGAUAGAAAAACUGUGGCAAACAUUCUGGCGCUAUUCUCCCUCUACUCCAACUGAUGGCACUACCAUUACUGAAUCGAGCAAUCUGAGUGAAAUAGAAAGUCGACUUCCGAAAGCAAAGCUGAUAACUCUGUGCAAACAUGAGUCUAUCCUGAAAUGGAUGUGUAACUGUGACCAUGGGAUGUACCAGGCUUUGGUGGAGAUUCUCAUCCCCGACGUCCUUAGACCUAUUCCUAGUGCCUUGACCCAAGCCAUUCGAAAUUUUGCAAAAAGCCUUGAAGGUUGGCUUUCCAAUGCCAUGAACAAUAUUCCACAGAGAAUGAUACAAACCAAGGUUGCCGCUGUAAGUGCCUUUGCCCAGACUCUGCGAAGAUACACGUCGCUUAAUCACCUGGCCCAGGCAGCUCGUGCAGUGCUUCAGAAUACUUCCCAAAUCAACCAGAUGCUUAAUGACCUCAACCGUGUCGACUUUGCCAAUGUCCAGGAGCAGGCUUCCUGGGUGUGCCAGUGUGAUGACAACAUGGUUCAGAGACUAGAAACAGACUUCAAGAUGACUCUUCAGCAGCAGAGCACCCUGGAGCAGUGGGCUGCGUGGCUUGACAAUGUGAUGAUGCAAGCACUGAAACCCUAUGAAGGAAGACCCAGUUUUCCUAAAGCCGCCAGGCAAUUUCUGCUAAAAUGGUCUUUCUACAGCUCAAUGGUUAUUCGGGACUUAACCUUACGCAGUGCUGCUAGCUUUGGCUCCUUCCACCUGAUCCGUCUACUCUACGAUGAAUAUAUGUUUUACUUAGUAGAACAUCGUGUUGCUCAGGCAACAGGAGAGACUCCUAUAGCAGUCAUGGGUGAGACAAACCUUGUAGAUGAAAAAAAUACUCCUAUCAUGGAACUCUUUAUAAGCAAACUUCCGAAUUUUGGUGAUUUAAAUGCCAUGUCUCCUGGAAAUCUGGAUAAAGAUGAAGGCAGUGAAGUAGAAAGUGAAAUGGAUGAAGAACUGGAUGACUCUUCAGAGCCUCAAGCCAAAAGAGAGAAAACAGAGCUGAGCCAGGCAUUUCCAGUGGGCUGCAUGCAGCCUGUUCUCGAGACUGGCGUGCAACCAAGCCUCCUGAAUCCAAUUCACAGCGAGCACAUUGUCACAAGUACUCAGACUAUCAGACAGUGCAGCGCUACAGGAAAUACCUACACUGCAGUCUAAAGAAUAUUAAAGCGUAUUUUUCCAGCUUACAUUAACCCUGUUGAUAUUGGGCUUAAGUUGAAAAUUUAAUAAGCCUGAAGGUCGACUGUUGUCAAAUUCUAUCUGUGCUGAACAUUAACUUUUUGGAGUUGUGAAAUGGAAUGGGUGUAUGUAUUUUGCCAGAUCUUUUUUUUUUUUAACGUAAACAAAUUAUUUGCCUCUUAAUAAUGAAUUUUUCCCCUUAGUUUCAGGUGUCAGGAAGGAUUUUUACAACACUUAAUGUCAAUGUUUUGUUUUCUUAUAAUUAAAAAGUAAUUUACAUUUUUUGUAGCUUAAAAUAUUUUAUUGUUGAUUGUUAGUCUUGGUGUAUGAUUUCAUGUGUAAGUUUUUUAAUUAGAUGCACUUCUGUGAAAUAUCAAAAGAAAUGAUUUUUUUGAUUUACACUGGAGGCAUGCCCAUUUGGCAGCAGAUGCAUCAAAUUUGCUUUUGAAAGGUGCUUUUCAUUGGACAGAACCAUAAGACACUAUUUUGAUAACAUUUUGAGUAUGGAGAGAAAAUACAGAGCAUUUUUAUUAUAGUGCUAGAGGGUUUGGAAGGUCAUCUAUUUUUCUCUGAGGAAAAAUUGAGCUGUACAUUUAUCAGUUCAGAGUAAAUGACAGAAUUGCAAGAGAUUAUGCUAAUAUGUACAUAAUUUGUGUACAUAAUUAUUAAACCAUGUUAACAAUGCAAGCUUCCGUUAAACAUUGAAUUUUAACUAUGAUUUGCAUACCAAUUCCUCUGUUUAAAGACUACUGAUUCUGUAUUUGGGACCACUGCACAGAUGCAUUCUGCUGGUAAGUGGGGGCUAUUAUAGUUAGAUACUGAAGCAGAAAAAAAUGACUUGACUUUUUUUUUUAAGUGUACAUGCUACUUAUGCUGAGCUGGACAUACAGGAAACCAUUCCAUUUGGAUGACUUUCUUUUAUUCCAGGUCUUUUUCCUAAUAGUAGUUCAAUAUGCUGCUAUUAUAAAUGAGAAUUUAUAGAAUGCAAGGAAUGUAGCAACCUACAUAACGUUAUUUCCUUCAAAACUAUUUCCUGGUUUCUAAAGUAUGUGGAUUUAAAUUGUAAACAGAACCUGAAGGCAGUGUAACUGGCACACCUCACUGUUACUUAUCCCCAAUUCUGUAGGAUUUGGAUAGGUGGCUGGAUGGACCAUUGCCAUUGAAGAAUGUACAUCAGGGAUCAUCGUACCUCGGCUAUUACAUGGUGCCUUAAAACAGAACUGAAGCUAAGGUUUAGUAAGGUUUAUUUUGUUCAUGUGACUAACUCUUCAAUCCAUUUGACAAAGUGUGCCUGUCAUUUUCAGAUUCCUGAAGUAAGGACAGGUGACAUGUUCUUCAAAGGAAAUUUAGGGAAAACAAAGCAAAACAUAAAGACAAAAAUCAGUUUCCCUCUUUGAGUGACCGUGGAUCUAUUUUUUAUUCUUAGAGCUGAAUAUUACUUGAUUACAAAUCAGAUUGCUUAAGGGUGUGGAAUAGCAGGCUAGUUUUAAUACCAACUUGUUACAUAAAAUCAUAUAUGUUUUAGACCAUUCUUAUUUAGUUACAAUUUUAGAAAGUUAACAAAGUAAGCAGGUACUUAUCGAAGUGCAUCUUUUCAGUCUAAAUGUUUGUCUGUGUGUCUAGGUGCUGGUGUGUCCACAUGGACACAUGAGUGCCCAUGGGGCAGGAGUCUGCUAUAAAGUCAGAAGGUGAGAUCCUAGAGAGUUACACCCAGCCCCAUUUUAAUUUGCAUGAAAAGCCAAGGUUCUUUUAAGCACUCAAAUUAUUUAAUGAUUAAAACACAAGAAAGGCACAUCUGUUCAUUUAAAUAGUUGUAAAAAAACGAAUUAGCAAAAAUAAAUAGAUAAUAAAGCCAAAAAAAAGGAAAGCACAAAAUGAUUGACAGAUUAUCAAAUGAGGCCUAUAUUAAACCCAAGAUGUUUAUCUUUCCAGUGGUAUUGGGGUAAGGGGGGUGGGGGGUUGGAAAGAAGAGGUGAGCCAGUCUGUAAAGUUAGAAAUACCAAAUGGCUUAUUGGGUAAUACACAGUGUAUUUAAGCUGUUGUUGCUUGAUUGCCUCAGACUACUCAAAUAACAUCAAUAACAUUUCUUAAGUAAAAUUUAAAUAUUUUAGAUGUAAUUUUAAAAACUGAUCCAAAUUUUUUAUUAUACAACUCACUCAUAUAUUUGAAAGUCUUCACUAGCAUAGUAGCAUCACCUUCAUCUAAAGGUCAUUUAAAUUACUGUCCCCCUUUUUCCUCCCAAAAAGACAAUAGAUUUAUACCAAAACACACACACAAAAGGCAAACAAAACAUAAUAAGCUGCAAAAGUUCAUGUAUCUACUUCAUUGUGCAUAGGAAGUGUUUACAGGUAAAAUUAAAAUCAAAAAUUGAAAAAACACUCUUCAUUUUGGCUCUCCUUUCUGAAUUUUUUCAGUUUCCUGUCUCUACUCGCCAUCCUUUGAGUGAUACUAUAUCUGUAUGGGACCAAAUGUAUUUACUGGUUUCAUUUCGUUUAUUGAAUGACUUUAAAUGUAUUUAUUAUCAUUGUUUAACUUAAUGUUGGAUAUAUUUGUAUCAUUACAGGAAUCUGAUAAUAAUGGGCAAAUUUAGAUUGAUGAGGCUUAGGGAUCGGGGAUGCUCCAGGAUUCAACAUUUCUUCCAAUUGUUCAUGGUUUGUUCUAAAUUAGGACAGAUUAAGAACUAAUAAACAUUAUUACAUUUGAACUUGACUCAAUAAAAAUAUUCUGAUCUCCUUUAUGAAUAUUUAGGAAUAUUCUUUGUGAUUAGUGUAAGUAGUUUGGAUCAAAACAUAAAAAGAAGACCUAUGGUUUAUGCUACUUCUAGUUAUUUGUAGUUCACAGUAAAACAUGCACGCACAUACACACAAACAUUUUCAUCAAUUUCGAAUUUGAAUUGUGAAAAAUAUAUGAGAAAAUGAAAACAAUUUAUACAUUUGAGCAAAUUGAGCAAUCACAUUUAUUGCAUUUAUUUCCAUUUUUCCCUUUUUUCGUUCAUUGAAACUGUGGGUUUUCUAAAUAAUAUUAGACACUAACACUCUUAACAGAUUUAUUCACAAAUGACACAAGUACACAUUUUAAGACUUCUUUGUAUUUCUUGCAAUUAUAACCAAUCACUAGUCAUGAAAUAUACCUACAUAAACCAAGUGCUACACUUUCAGUGAGGAAGAAUGUAAGGAAGGUAUGUUGACUGUUUUUAAGUUUCAGAAAAGAUAUUUUCAUAUGAUAGGAUUGAGUAUCAUGGGUAUAGUUUGAUCUUGACAUAUAGUUUGAAAAUCAUACUCAAAAGAUUUGCAUUCAUGAAACCAGUGAACAAUAGGGUGGAAUGGAUGAACCAUCUCCUUGGAAGACAGGGCCCAAUUUUCAAUUUUUUCUUUGGCUAUCAAGUUGCUAGUCACUUAUUCAGGAUUUUCAUCCAAACUGUGUUUGGACUGACUGUAUAAGUCUUACUGCCUUUUCAGAAAUCUGCUUUCCUUUGUGUGAUUUUUCUUGUACUGUAUAGCACGGUUUAUGCACCUCUCUUUAGAUGGUGUACUUUAAAAACAAAAGUAAAAUUUAGAAAAUGGUUUUAACACUGCAUACCUAAAAUUAGUAGUGUGCAGCAUUGACUGCCUUUGAUUUGUAGUAGACAAGUAAAAAUGAAUAUGUUCUUGUAGAAUGCUGUAAAAGUUAUUCAGGAAUGAAUACGGUUUUAGUGCCGUAAUCAUGAAUCUUUUUAUAUGAAUGCACUGUCUAAAAGUGCUAAAUGCAUUUUCAAAUUUUUAAAAAUUCCUCAGAUGAUAUAUUUGAAAUGUCUAAAAUAAUGCUGUGCUUGAAACAUUAGUGUAAAAGGAAAAAAAAAUGUGUCACUGUGAUGUUGGUCCUCCCUGUGUGGACACAAGUAGAAAGAAAAAACUUGGCAAGUCAUCUUUGUGUACAAUUUGAGGCAGUGGUUAUAUACAAUAAAUUGACCUUUAUUAUAUCCCCCGGACACACACAUUCUUGGUGAGAAAAUAACAACCAUCCAAAAAUUGAGAUCAGAACUUUUGUGAUCUCUUUGAAUCACAACAGAUCAUGGGGGAGGAGGAUUGGCAUGCAGUGCUAUUGAAAAUUGGGCUUGUUGCUAGAUCAGAACAACCUUCAUGUAUAUGGUUAGAACGAAUCAAUUAAUGGAAUCCUAGUAUUUCUGCAAGUUUGGUGAUUUUUAAAAACUGGAAUAGAAGCAUUAAUUCAGUGCUUAGUUCUAGUAUUAGAAAACCCCUUUGAUGUAAUGCCUUGUAUUAACCCUUUGAGCAUUGUAAGAUAUACAAUGGGGGACAAAAGCCUUUCAGAUCAUUUAUUUAGACUUAGACCGGUAAAAUAUACUCUAUAUCCAAAUGUCUAAUUAUGCUGUUUUUUUAAAGGGGGGAUAGGAAGAGAAAGUGUUUCCACGCCGAACACUUGCAUUUUAUAUACAACUCUUAAUUUUUCUUCAAGAGGGCUUGAUAUAUUUAUUCCCAAAUAUUCACUGCCAUCUAAGUAAGUGUACUGUUUACAGAAAAAAAAAAAUCAACUUUUCUAGCAUCACACCAUAGUCUCUAGAAAAGGAGGACAAAUACAUGGGCCUGGAUAGACCUAUGUCAUAACUGAUUUCUGCACAUUGAAGGUACCUAGAUUGCCUUUAAAAGGUAUAAAGAAAGGGUUAAGUUUCUUUUUUUUUCGUUUUUUUCCCAAAACAAAACAAAAGAUCUCAUUUAUUUAGCUUUAGAAAGUACAAGUGUAAGUGAAGCCUUAGGAAGAAACGAGUUCGAGUGGAUUAAGAGAAUCUGAACUCUUUGGGGGCAGUUAGGCUAUUUGGAGUUAGAUCGCUCAUAAAAUAUUGUUUGGGAAUUUCACACAGGGCAUAAUUUUAUCUAUGCUCCAAAACUUUAAUACUUUGUCAAAAAAUUAUAUAUAGAUAGAAUGGAGAGCAAAGCACUUGAUUUUAAGCUCAUCUGUCAGGAGAUGCUAUGACUACUGCUUCUGAUAUCUCUAAAUGUCAGUCUGCUUACACCAUUGCUGAUUUUGUUCAAGGGAAUCUCUUCAUGCACUUGAUUCCCUCUGUUCCCUAAGUGAUCGAACAUGAAAGCAGUGUUGUCUGCAGAUGUGCUUGUGCUGCCCUCGCUGGGCGCAAAUAAGAGUGUAACCUAUUCUGAUGUCUGGUGAAAGGACAUCCAUAGCAUAGUGCAAGUAUGCCGUAAACGUUGCUUUUUAGGCAGUUUAGGAAGUCAAACCAUGCAAAUUACUCAUGUGUUAACAUGCAAUACUCAAAGGGUUUUAAUUUAACUCUCUUCUUUUGAAUUCUUCAUGAUGAUUUACUGUAAAUGCUUCUCAGUUUGCAUGCCUUGAUCAUUGCUGCUAGUGAUUUUAUGUGCCAGUAGACCUGAGUUUAGUUUACCAACUUUACUUAAAUAGUAAAAGCCACUUACAAAGUGACUGCCUAGGAUUUUUUUUCCUUUCAUUCGAAGUAAUUGAUAAUAUGUUUUUUUAAAAAGAAAAAUGUGUUUUGUCUCUUCUUUUAUUUGGUUCUGGUUUGAUUCUUUUUCUCCCCUCUUUCCUUUGUUUUUUUUAAAUAAAUUAUGAUGUUGGGAUUGGAAGCCCUGAGUAAUGAAAAUCUUUGGUAAGAAUUGUUUAUGUAGCUCAAUAAUGAGGACAACAAAUAUUCUUUAAAAGAAUUUUGAUUCUGGGGAGGAAAGAAAAUAUAAAAACUCCCAUUGACUGUUGAUAACCAAGUAAAUUUUUCCUUCAGUAAAUUAGUAUUUUUGAAGAAACGAUCGCCUUGUUUUAACUUGCUAAACAACAAUUUUAAAUGACCCAAUAAAGAAGCUAUUGAAUUUUAUUCGUUUAAAAAGCAUCUUUUGUACCAAAGCAAAUUUUUUUCUCUACUCAUUUCCAUCAUCAAUUUGGACCUAUGGUGGUGACCAAUGCAUUGGUUACAGAAACUUUAAGUGAGUGCCUUGAGAAAACUUGGAAAUUUGUGCCUGAGGUGGUAAACUUUUAAUUAGGUUAAUUGUAGUGCUUACCAAUCAGUAACUUCACUAUCACUCAGGGCUUUCGUACCUUCUAGGUAAAACUUCUUUCAUUGUGUUUUUUUAAGAUACUGUAUUUUUUUUUAAGUGCCAUCAUUUAAAUUUCACUUAGUAAGUGGCAGAUUACAUUAUUCAGUCCCACAAGCACAGAAACAUAGUAACACUAGGAGAUAUUUGAACAUUUAUUUUACAAUCGACUGAAUAUAUUAUGUAAAUGAGGUAAGCAACUUUUGUAGAGAUUGUAUGUGUGAGAUAAUGUAAUGUUCUUUUCCGGUUUUUGGACUACAGUUGAAUAAACUUUUUAAUUAUUUAAAAACAUCUUUACCGAAUAACAUGUGAUGGUUUUUUGUAUAAUGUAUUUGAUUUUGUAAAUACGUAUUUCCUGAUGUGAUUUUUGUGAGAAAUGCUAAAUCUUUUAGUAUAUCAUGUCCUCUCAAAAUUGGCAGGAGCUAAAUAAUAGUUUGUGGGCGAUUUGUAUUGUGUACUGUACAAUAACUGGGGAACUUUUAUAAUUAUAAAAAUAUAUAUUAACUUUUAGUGUGUUGUUUAAACAAAUGACUGGAACAUACUAAAGAUAUUAGUAGGAUUUUUCUGAAUAUUUCAGACUUGAACUCAGGCUAGCUUUCUUGUGUUUUUCAAAACAAAAUGGUGUCUUGUCUUUUAAAAUCAAUAAAUUUGUUUCCUUGUUACAAA